AUGAUAAGAAAUAUGUUGACAUUUGGAAAUUUAACUUAUAGAGUUCCACUCACCAUCUCUCCAAGAGAUGCAUUUCCAGAAUGCACAAUAGUACAAACAGUCCAAAAUAUAGGAAUUCCAAGGAUUUAUCCUUUAAAAAAUAAUGAGCUAUUUUGCCUUGUUGGAUCUUGUAUGAUUGCAGGUAAAGGAGACUACGAGGGCACAACUGCUGUUCCAGUCAAUAAAUCAGGGAAAGUAGAAUUUAUAAAAUCUGACCCAAUAAAAAAUUUAUUGGUUAGUCUUGGACAGCUUAAUACUAUUGCCGAAUCAAUCCCUGUCACAAAAAUUGAAUGCCUUUCUUCAGAUGGCUGCAGAGUUCAAUACAUGGGAGUUACUCCUUCAGUUUAUUUAAAAUAUGAUGAAAAAAUUUUAGGUAUUAGAACUCAUAAUACUGUCGGAUUUAAGACAAUAGUUUCCACUUUAAGAAAAGGAAAUAUAAAACUUGGAGUUUCCACUAGUUACGAAUUGGAAGAUGAUAAAUCUGUUGAUACUAAGAGAAUUAUCGCUCAUGGGAUUAUUUCAACUCCAGAUCUUAAAAAAGGUACAUUUAAGAGAGAAAAAUAUGCAGAUUUUGCAUUAAAGGUUAAUACAUCCAAAUUAAAUAAUCAUAAAGAAAGAUCAGGAACUUUACCAGAAGCAACAAGUUACCAACUAAUUUCCGGACUAAAUUAUGCUGAAUCUGAAGAUUACAGUCCUGGCUCAAGUAUCAAAAUUUCUGGGUCCACUACCAUAAAUUGGGAACCAUCAAAGAAUGAGGCACAAUUAGAAAAUGAUGCUGAAUGGUAUUAUCCUGAGGUUUCCGCUACACUAUCUACAUCGGGCGGUGCCUAUACGAAAGAUAACAUUAAUCAGAAAUACCCAGGAGAUGGAUCAUCAGCUGGAGUGAUAGUUGCAGUCGUAGUAAUUUGCAUGCUUGUAGCUUGCAUCAUUAUUGGUGUUGUAAUUUACUUCAUGAAAAAGAAGAAGGCAGAUUCAUAUAAUGAAGUCUAA